CUGCCUUCCUGAUCUUCAUUGCUGCUUCACAUAUUUUCUUAUGCAACCGAUGAGAUUCACCUUCAAAUGGCUUCACCAAUAGUUCGGUCUCCGUUUCCCAACAUACUUUUCAGCCAUUGAUUUUACGUAGUACUACAAUUUAGUACCACUUAUCAUCUAAAUUUAAAUUAUUUUCUGCAGAUUGCAUCAUGUUGGUAAGAUCCACUACAUAUUCUAGUAUCUGCAAUUUGUCUCUCAAACCUUGAACUCCCUGAUGGACAACAUAAAAUCAGCCACUGAUAUUGUGAAGGACGUUGGCCCUGCAGUUUGGAAAUCUGUCAAGUAUCAAUUUUGUCCCAGUGAGUUUGUGGAAAAAUUCGAAGCUAAGCAAAAUAAGCUGAAGCGCCAACUCCAAGAUGUUGAGGCAGAAUUAAACACACAACUUAACCGGCCAGCAAAGAAAGCAAGGAGCCAAGUCGACAAUUGGCUGGAGGAAGCGCGCAAAGAAACUGCUGUAAAGGUUGAAGAUCUGAUCUGUAAAGAAGGCUACUUCAAAAACAUUCGCUCAUCAAGAAAGCUCGAUAAAAAGACUCAAGCACUGAAUGGAGUAUGUAUGCAAGGAGAAAAUUACACUAAUGGUGGUCAGAGUUUGGUCAUAGAUGAUCACUCAAUCAAAGGAGUUUCACACCUCAUUGAAGAAUGCAGGGGUAGGGAUGAUAUACGAGAUCAAAUUCUGGAAUGGUUGAAGGGAGAUGAGGUUACAAGAAUUGCAGUUUCAGGAAUGGGCGGUGUGGGCAAGACAACAAUUAUGAAGCAAGUUCACAACCAACUCUUGAAAAAAAGGAUUGCAAGCAGCUUGGAAUUAAAACUGGAGCCCGAGGAUCAUGAGAAUGAAACCAAGCUUGCAGGAUUGAUUUCACAAAAGUUGAGGCAGGGCAACUUUGUGGUAAUUCUAGAUGAUGUGUGGCAGCAAUUUUGUCUAGAAGAGGUUGGAAUUCCUAUUCUAGAUGGAAAUAAUGGUUGCAAGUUAGUACUCACGACGCGGUUACAAGAUGUUGCUCGUGCAAUGGAGUGUGAGGUGAUCUUUGUGAAUCCUCUUCCAAAUAAUGAAGCAUCGGCAUUAUUUUUGGAGAAAGUUGGAAGUGAUGUGUUUUCAGAUGGCAAAAUUAAAAGAGAUAUUGAGCCAUUUUUUAAGCUAAUUUUGCAGAAAUGUGGUGGAGUACCCCUUGCUAUUGUGACAGUGGCAAAAUCAAUGAGAGGGAAACCACUUCCUCGUCAUUGGAAGUUGGCACUUUCUAAAUUUAGUAAAUUUGAAAGCAUUUUUGAUUGUUUGAAAUUCAGUUAUGAAAGCCUAGAACCACAAUGCCAAGAGUGUUUCCUAUAUUGCGCAUUGUAUCCUGAAGAUUAUGCAAUCCCAAAGGAGGAGUUAAUUGAGUAUUGGAUUGAGGAAGGGUUUAUAUAUAAAGAAGGGGAAACUAGGGAGGCAAUGAAUUGGGACGGUCAUGGGAUACUUGAUAAGCUGGUUGACAACUGCUUGUUGGAAUCGGUUAAAAAGGAAGAAGAAGAAGAUUGCGUCAGUAUGCAUGAUCUUCUCCGAGAAAUGGCGCUAGAAAUCAGUCCUCAAUUCUUGGUGAAAGCCGGCAUAGCCAAAAAGUUACCUGAGGAGCAUGAAUGGAAAGAAAAUCUUUUGAAGGUUUCCUUAAUGAGGAACUACAUAACAAAAAUUCCUUCAAGCAUGCCGCCUCCGAAGUGUCCUAUGCUUACAACCUUGCUGUUGUCCAAUAACAAUAUUUCAACAAUUCUAGAAGCAUUUUUUGAGCAUAUGCUUGGGCUCAAGAUUCUUGAUCUUUCAUGGAAUACAGGGCUACGUAGGCUGCCUAGUUCUGUUUCCAAAUUGGAGAAGCUUACUACACUAUUGCUGAAUAAUUGUCAUUCCUUAAGAGAGGUACCAUCUUUAUCCAACCUUGUAGGCUUGAAAAAGUUGGACCUUUCAGGGACAUCAAUUGAAGAACUACCCCAAGGCCUCAACAUAUUAACAAAUCUAAAAUAUCUUAGUCUUGGUGGAAGAUUAUCUGAAACACUUGAUGAACCGCUACAAAAUCUCUCCAAACUUCAGCAUUUAUCCGUAAUUGCCCAUCCCUAUGCUGAAACAGAAUUUAAAUGGGAGACAAUUGGAAUUUGGGGGAAGCUUCAAAACCUUGAGUUGCUGGAUCUUCAUUUUUUGCAUAACUUGAAUAUGGUGUUUGGGGAAGUAGGAGCAGUUGCUGAGUCAGCACCGCUACCAGUUGGCACAUUUUCCUCUCUUCAAUAUAUUAGUGUUAUUGGAUGUGAUAAAAUAAAGAUGUUAUUCUUAGUUAGGUGGUUGGGAUAUCUCCAGAAGCUACAGACUAUUUUUGUUAGUAAUUGUAAGCAAUUGAAGGAGAUAAUAGGGUUUGAAUCUGAAGAAGGAGAAAAAGUCACUCUACCCAAGUUAGAAAGCUUGUCAUUGUUCUAUUUGCCCCAAUUGAAGAGCAUCUACAGCGGUUCUUUGAUUUGUGAUUCCAUCAAGGAGAUUACAAUUAGGGCUUGCAAAAAUAUAGAGAGUGUUUUUUGGUCAGGGUUCAACCCACUUCCAAAUCUAGAAUAUUUGUACCUUUCUAGAUUAGAGAAUCUGAAAUGCGUGUUUGAUGAAGAAGGUCUUGGUUUAUCGCCACUUGUACCUCCCACAAGCUUUUUUUCUCUUAAAGAAAUUAGGGUUUUGAAUUGUGAUCAAUUAAAGAAGGUAUUCUCAUCUGGAUGGCUGCUCCGUUACUUCCAAUCUCUACAGACUAUUAAGGUUAAAGAGUGUCUGCAAAUGGAGGAGCUGAUAUCAUCAUUGGCACAUGAAGAAGAAAAAGUCACUCUACCCAAGUUAGAAAGGUUGAAAUUGAUUGAUUUGCCCCAAUUGAAGAGCAUCUACAGCAGUUCUUUGAUUUUUGAUUCCAUCAAGAAAAUUAAAAUUCAGAAUUGCUAUAAUAUAGAGCGUGUUUUUUGGUCAGGGUUCAACCCACUUCCAAACCUUGAAUAUCUAGAACUCUCCUAUUUAGAGAAUCUGAAAUGCGUGUUUGAUGAAGAAGGUCUUGGUUUAUCGCCACUUGUACCUCUCACAAGCUUUUUCUCUCUUAAAGAAAUUAGGGUUUUGGGGUGUGCGAGAUUAAAGAAGGUAUUCUCAUCUGGAUGGCUGCUCCGCUACUUCCAAUCUCUAGAGACUAUUAAGGUUUCAUAUUGUAAGGAAAUGGAGGAGUUGAUAUCGUCAUCGGCACAUGAAGAAGAAAAAGUCACUCUGCCAAAGUUACAAGGCUUGCAUUUGACAAGGUUCAACCCACUUCCAAAUCUUGAAUAUCUACACCUUUCUUGUUUAUGGAAUCUGAAAUCCCUAUUUGAUGAAGAAGGUCUUGGUUUAUCGCCACUUGUACCUCCCACAAGCUGUUUCUCUCUUAAAGAAAUUAGGGUUGUUGGGUGUGGUCAAUUAAAGAAGCUAUUCUCAUCUGGAUGGCUGCUCUGCUACUUCCAAUCUCUAGAGAUUCUGAAGGUUGAAGGGUGUUGGGAAAUGGAGGAGCUGAUAUCGUCAUCGGCACAUGAAGAAGAAAAAGUCACUCUACCCAAGUUACAAAGCUUGACAUUGAUACGUAUGUGGGCAUUGAAGAGCAUCUGCAAUCGCUCCAAUGUGUUGAUUUGUGAUUCCAUCCAGAGUCUAAGGAUUUCCACUUGUAAGAAGCUAAAGAGGAUUCCUCUGAAUUUUCCCUUGCUUGAUAAUGCCCAAUCAUCUCAUCCUCCUUCCCUCAAAGAAAUCGUGGUAUUCCCAAAAGAAUGGUGGGAAUCAUUGGAAUGAGACCAUCCCAAUGCAAAAGACAUCCUUUUCCGCUUUUGUAAAUUUCGGCCAUUGUGAGAGAACGCAUCAUGAAUCAAUUGGGAUUCGGCUUUGCAACCACAAGAAAGUUGGAGGAAAUCAUAUAUGCACUAGUUGCUGUUGCUAUUGGGUUUUCAAUUUAAUAUAAUCUUUGUUUUUCUUUUGCUCUGUGUGUUGUGUGUUUAACUAUGUCUAAUUCUAAGUGGAAAACUAGAAAUGCUUGUUUCUUUAUUAUCUGUGUAAUUUUGUCUUUGAAACUGUGUGCAAAAGAGACUUGAAACUGUAUUUACUUUUCUUGUGUAAUAUGUAUUUCAAUUGAUUGCAUUUGCAU